AUGAAAGAUUGUAAAGCAGAGCAAAAUUUCAUCAAUUUCUUACAACUGGAAAAAGAUGGAAGUUAGUUUGAAGAAUAUUCUUCAUAAUUGAUUAUCUCAAAUCAAGAGAAUCCUUCAUUAACUUAGAUAGCUGAUUUAAAUGUUAUGCCAUAAAAUCAUUAAGCCAAAAAGAUAAAGAAAAAGAAACGAGUUGAUUUCCAUUAUAAAAGAAGAAGAAGAAGCAAUAAAAUUUCUGAAUUGAAUAACACAACACCAUUCAAUUUUAAUGAAGAUUAGAAAAUAUUAUCACUUGUACUUGAGCAUGGACCAAAGUUCUCUGUUGUUUCUAGAUACUUUAAUGAUAGAAAUCAAAAUGCUAUCAAGAACAGGUAUUAUAAAUAUCUUCGAUUCAGGUGGGAUUAAGUACUAGGAAGGUAAUAAGAAUUUUCUAUAUUAUUUCUAGUGAUUAUAUACAUCUUAAUUGUAGAAAAGAGGAGGACCAAUUACAAAGCUAAGACAUGGAAUAAAUCAUUUAAGGGAUGAAUUUCUUUCCUGAAGUUACAAACAUUUUGUCAUCAUUUAUACAAAGAGUCCAUUCAUAUUUUAAUUGA